AAGGCGGGGCCGGCGGCGGCGCGGCAGCGCCUUUGUGGGGAGACGCCGCGUCGGCAGCAGCGCUGCCCGCGCCGGGCCGGGGCUCCCCGCCGCCCCCAUGAGCCGCCUCUAGGGUCCGCGCCGCCGCACCCCUGCGCCCCAGGGGCUCGGGGUUAGUUGGUUUUGGGUUCCCCCUUCUUUUUUUUUUUUUUUUUUCUUUUUUUUUUUACAGUCUAUUUUUGUACGCUUUGCUAUAAAACCAUGGUGCUGGGGAAGGUGAAGAGUCUGACGAUAAGCUUUGACUGUCUAAAUGACAGCAAUGUCCCCGUGUACUCUAGCGGGGAUACGGUCUCAGGAAGGGUCAGUCUAGAAGUAACUGGGGAAAUUAGAGUGAAAUCCCUUAAAAUCCAUGCGAGGGGGCACGCUAAAGUGCGUUGGACUGAAUCGAGGAAUGCUGGAUCCAACACUGCCUAUACACAGAACUACACCGAAGAAGUGGAAUAUUUCAACCAUAAAGACAUCCUGAUCGGCCAAGAGAGAGAUGAUGACAAUUCAGAAGAAGGCCUUCACACCAUCCAUUCAGGAAGGCAUGAAUAUGCAUUCAGCUUCGAGCUUCCACAAACACCACUUGCUACCUCAUUCGAAGGCAGACAUGGCAGUGUGCGCUAUUGGGUGAAAGCCGAAUUGCAUAGGCCUUGGUUUCUACCAGUAAAAUUAAAGAAGGAAUUUACAGUCUUUGAACAUAUAGAUAUCAACACUCCUUCAUUACUGUCACCCCAAGCAGGCACAAAAGAAAAAACUCUCUGUUGUUGGUUUUGUACCUCAGGCCCAAUAUCCUUAAGUGCCAAAAUUGAAAGGAAGGGCUACACCCCAGGUGAAUCAAUUCAGAUCUUUGCUGAGAUUGAGAACUGCUCUUCCCGUGUGGUGGUGCCAAAGGCAGCCAUUUACCAAACACAGGCAUUUUAUGCCAAAGGGAAAAUGAAAGAAGUCAAACAGCUUGUUGCCAACCUGCGUGGGGAAUCCUUGUCAUCUGGGAAAACAGAAACCUGGAAUGGCAAACAGUUGAAGAUUCCACCUGUUUCUCCUUCAAUCCUUGACUGUAGUAUAAUCCGUGUGGAGUAUUCACUGAUGGUAUAUGUGGAUAUUCCUGGCGCCAUGGAUUUAUUCCUUAAUUUACCACUGGUCAUUGGCACCAUUCCUCUACACCCGUUUGGUAGCAGAACAUCAAGUGUAAGCAGCCAGUGUAGCAUGAAUAUGAAUUGGCUUGGUCUGACGCUGCCCGAAAGACCAGAAGCACCUCCCAGCUAUGCAGAAGUGGUGACAGAGGAACAGCGACAGUCCAGCCUUGCACCCUUAGGUGCUUGUGAUGACUUUGAGAGAGCACUUCCAGGACCACUGUUUGCCUACAUCCAAGAGUUUCGUUUUCUGCCUCCACCCCUCUAUUCAGAAAUUGAUCCAAACCCAGAUCAACCCACAGACGACAGACCAUCUUGCCCUUCUCGUUGAAGGAAUCCAUAAGAAGCUGACUUAACUUGGGUUUGGAAUCAUACCUCCCGUGUUGAAGGUCAAGGCGUCAUAGUGGAGAAGACACUUUCAAAGAAAGUGGGUUUGCUCUUGCCUGUGUGGUGAAUAAAUGAAAACAACCUGUGAUCAUGCUUUGAAGCCUACAGUAACAUUGUAGGACUGCUCCACAUGCUUGAAGAACUGAGCUUUCCCCCCCUCCCUCUUAAAUACUGGCACAUACUAGGAGCAGCCUUACUAACCUACAGUGAUGUGUGUCCAAACACUCAAACCACAUUAAGAGAGGUUUGGCUUCCUCUUAUGAUUUGGAAAUUUGCACAUGCUUAUUGCUUACAUGGUGCGGUUCAGUGUCACUACAGCUUUUUCUCAUUUACGCCGGACAGUUGUUACCCCUUUCUUAUUUCUUGUGGUCCGCACAAUAAGGAGCAAAAGAAAGCUUUGACAAAAAAGAAAGAAACAAACAAAAAACCCAACAGCAACAGA